AUGGAGUUGCUCGACCAGAGUGGAAAGGAGAGGCAUUUAGUGCAAAACCAUACCAAGCCAUACAUGAUUAGGCAAGAAAGUUCGGAGGAAAGCGAUGUACAAUUUGAAGUCGAGGGGGAAAUAUUUGCUGCUCACAAGUUGGUCCUUGCAGCACGCUCCCCUGUUUUUAAGGCACAACUCUUUGGUGCAUUGAAGGAGCAGAACACAAAGUGCAUUAGAGUUGAAGACAUCAAGGCUCCAGUUUUCAAGGCGUUACUUCACUAUCUAUACUGGGAUGUCUAUCCCGAUGUGGAAGAGUUUCUCGGUCUCAAUUCAAAAUGGGCAAAAACUGUUAUGGCACAGCAUCUGCCAUCUGCUGCAGACCGAUAUGCACUUGAAAGACUCAAGUUACUUUGUGAGACGAAAAUAACGAACAUAUUGACAUCAACACUGUAG